AUGAUCAGAAAGGAGGACCCAGAAGACAACGAGACAGAUUGCGCUGAAGAAUUUAAGUUUGAGGUGAAGACCAUGACUGUGGGACAAAAUGUGACCCUGACAUGUCCUCGCCAGACCUCUGCUCUCUACAAAGAAACUUUGUACUGGAUCCGCCUUAUUUCUGGAAACUGGCCUGAAUUUCUCGGAGCAACAUUUAACUUUAAGUAUGAUGAUGUUUCCAAGAUUCCUCGCAUUCAGACAAAACAGGAACCAGGAGAAUUUCUUCUCCAUAUUAAUGAAGCUCAGCGAAAUGAUACUGGACUUUACUACUGUAUCAAAGUCAGACAGCUUGACUUCAUAUUUAUGAAUGGAACUUUUCUACAAAUUAAAGGAUUGGAAUCAGACGUAACUGUUGUCGUUAAGAACCCUCCAUCUGAUCCAGCUCAUUCAGAAAACCUAGAGACUCUACAGUGUUCAGUUCUCUCUGGUUCUGACAGAAAAACUUGUCCUGUAGAUAACCGGGUGUACUGGUUCAAAGCUGGAUCUGAUCAUUCUUAUCCCAGCUUACUUUAUCUAAAACGAAGCAGUGGAGAUCAAUGUGAGAAAAGUCCUGAGGUUCCCUCAACACAGAAAUGUUUUUACAACUUCUCUGAGACCUCUGAUGAUGGGACUUAUUACUGUGCUGUGGCCGCAUGUGGACAGAUAUUAUUUGGAAACGGAGCA